AUGAAUAACACAGUAGAUAGCGAUGAAAGUGGGUGCUUUUUAGAUUGUGAUAAUUAUAUUUCUAUAAUUAAAUAUGGCGUCUUCGUCUGGGCAUGGCCUCCCGGCCAUGCAGCCUCGAUUCAUAUUUAAUUAUAUCCGCAAGGUUUUACCAUUCUAGAAAUGGACGGCAAUACUAGGUAAGCAAUUCUGGUGGAGUUCAGAGCCUAGUCCUGGUCUAUUCUCAGGGGUGGAUUUUUCCUCGUGGGGAAGGAAGGCACGGAGUUGGAAAGGGGAAGCUCAGCAGAGUCCGUUAGGACCAAUCGGCAAAUCCCUAGCGUGAAACUGGCGCGUUACGUCCCAGGCUACGUGUUUUUUCUUUUUGCCGAUAGCCGACCAGAAAAAUCCAUUUUUUGGGUUUUUCGGAAAAGCAACCCAUGCACCAUGCAACAACCAAGUAGCUCAUCCAUGAGCCGUCGAAGCCGGAACACUCUCCCGAGAAGCACCCUGAUGAUCGAAGCAGGCCAUCCCCAGCGACCUAUAGGCCCGAUGCGACGCAAGGCGAGUGACAGUACCUGGGGUUGUCACCCCGUAGUGGACGUUAAGCGUAUAAAUUCAUAAGAUAAGAUAAGAUAAUUAUAUUUCUAACACCGCAAGCCCUGAAAAUCCUUCAGAAGAGCUUUACAAAUAUAUUCCACCCCCUAUCCCACUCGUUCCUAAAAACUUGUAUGCAGACAAUUUGCCUCGAUGCCACCAAGAUAUGUUGUAAAAAUUAUUUAGGCUCCUGCCACGACUAUCAGGAUCUGAAGAAAUUUUUUCCCAAGGCCCAGAAGUGAGCCCAUCAUCUACAGUUAUGAUUCCCCAAGUUUCCUUAAUAACAAUGUGUGAAUCCAGGUGAAUUCUAUUUAGAUCCAACAAUAUUGUAUAUCGACGAGACUCUUCCACAUCAGGGCUACCGUAUAAUGCAAACUUAUUAGACUUGCACGAUUUAAUAAAAAGCCAAGAAACCUCCAGACCUGACCCUGUUAAAUUUGAUAACGAGAUACAGCCGUUUUAUAAGCCAAACCUUGAUGACAGCACUCUUGUGUUUGAAAGCAGGUUCGAAAGUGGCAACUUAGCAAUGGCAAUGAAAAUGAGCAAUAAUGAAUAUAACUUAAUUUUGCAAAACGAUAUAAAUACCAGAGGACACACACAGUGGUUUUACUUUAGAGUUACAAAUACAACUGCAGAGCUCAAGGUGAAAUUCAAUAUUUUGAAUUUGACGAAAAAGGAUAGCUUGUAUAAUGAAGGGAUGAAAAUUUUAAUUUUUUCUGAAAAUGAGAGCCAGACGAACAAUGUAGGCUGGUUUAGAGGAGGAUAUGAUAUUAUGUACCAUGCUAAUGGAAUUAGAAAACCUAAAGGUAAUAAAACUUUUUAUACAUUGACAUGAAAAUAUGAUUUUCCUUAUUCAAAAGACACUGUUUAUUUUGCGUACUCAUACCCCUACACAUAUACAGAUUUAAUGCACGAUCUCCAAAUCCUGGAGAAUAAUGCACAAAUACAAGAAAUUAUGGCCCGGAGACUGCUCUGCUAUACAAUUUCAGGCAACCGCUGCGAAUAUUUAACAAUAACUGCUCAAGGAACUCCUGAGCAGACAAAAAAACGUAAAGGUGUUGUCAUAUCGGCAAGAGCACACCCAGGAGAAAGUGUUGGCUCCUGAAUGAUGAAAGGUGUCAUUGACUUUUUGACAAGCCAAGCUGCUGAAGCUCGCCUCUUAAGAGAAGCUUUUGUAUUUAAAUUAAUUCCCAUGAUGAACCCAGAUGGAGUAAUAAAUGGAAACUACCGAUGUAAUUUAUACUAAAUUCCUGGGGAUAGCGCGGAAUACGCUAUCCCCAGGACCAACCGGGAUCGGAUCCACACAUGGAACGGGGGUUCCAUGUGUGGAUCCAUUUUUGACAUGUGAGAUAUAUUACUUUCACGUGUCAAAAAUGGAUCCACACAUGGAACCCUCGUUCCAUGUGGGAUCCGAUCCCGUUGGUCCUGGGGAUAGCGUAUUCCGCGCUAUCCCCAGGAAUUUUCUAUAGCUGGAGUUGACUUGAACCGAAGAUGGAAAGAUCCUUCAAAAACGCUGCAGCCUACAGUGUACUAUGCCAAAAGACUCAUUAAAAGUUUCGGAAAAGAAAGACCUUUGGAGCUUGUCUGUGAUUUUCAUGGACAUUCAAGAAGGAAAAAUAUUUUUAUGUAUGGUUGCAACUACCCUGAUAGGCCAGAGGCGACUCGUACAUUUCCAUUUAUACUGUCUAAAGUAUCUCCGUUUUUUUCUUAUAGCUACUGCUCUUUUAGAAUGCUUGCUUAGCUAAUUAGUGUUUAACAUGUCGUCUGAUUUCUCAUAAUAGCAAUGAAAUCAUAAUAAAAUUGCCAAAAGUGAAAGAAAGCUUAUCCCGAUGAUUCCAUUUUAUUAUUUUGGUCUUUUAGGAUGCAGAAAUCUAAAGAGUCUACCUUGAGGAUUUCGAUGUUCAAAGAAACCAGAACUCAAAAUGUAUAUACACUAGAAGCAAGCUUCUGUGGGCCUAAUUUUGGACCAUUUAUAGGCUCACACCAUACAGCUAAACAGCUUCAAGAAAUGGGGAAGCAGGUUUGCUUAUCCCUUGCUAUAAAUGCAGAAAUCGAACUCCCGUUAGCUUUAGAUCCUCAACCAAGUCCUGAUGGCGAAAUUGCAAACUUAGCGACUAUAAAAAAGAAAGACAUUUUGACUGAGCUGCUGAGUACUAACUCCCCCCUACGAGAGCGAACAAAACCAUUGGUAAAAUCCCUAUUUUUUUGGUAAAACCCACCGUGAGCGAGCAAAAUUUUUUAUGAAAAAAAAUAUUUUGAUAUAUAAGUAUUAGUAUCAUAAAAUCUCUAGCUAAUUCUGCUGAAUUUUUAACAGAUUGCAUUUUGAAAAAAAAAUUAACUACCUCCACAUACGAACAAAAUUUUGGUUCGCUAGCGGAAAGGAGAAUAAGGAGCUGCUUGUGGAUAACCCAGAAAACGAUUCUUCUGGAAGUGACUCAGAGCCUUCUGAAGACAAUCUUGAUCCAGAAGAAAUGGCUGAAGUGCUCCCUACCACUUCAAGAAAGAGGAUAGAUAAGAAAAGACCUGUAACAACCAAAAAAAGAAAUUCUUCAAAUCUCUCUAUAAAUUUGCUAAAAGAAAAGGAAAAAGAGCUGCAAAAGUGUGGGACUUGUGGCGAACUGUUAAAAGAUAAACAUGUUUGCAAGACACAGGCUCCAAAGCCCAAGCCGAGGUUUUCGCAGAUCUAUAAGAAGCCGACCAGCAUUUUUUCAGUGAACCAGCCUUAUUAUAAUGCAGCCGGAAAGAAAGUGAGAGAUCAGGCAACCCAGACUAUGAGGGUUCCUCAAAAUCCAGUAGAAGAUAUAAGAACUCAGUCACCAAUUUUAAGUUCUGAAUUUAAGGAAAAAAUAACUGGAAAUCUGAUUAAUCGAAAUCGGUCAGUCUCCCAAAAACCUGCAACAAGGGACUAUAAAAAUGUAAACAGGUCGUUCAACCAAAAUUACGGAGAAAAGCCAGGCGUUUGGAAAAUGGAUAAACAAGGGCUGCCUUCUCUUGGGAAACUAUAUGAUAAAUCAAUGGCCUCGCCAGCAUGGAAAAUCAGUGAUAUGGUUAUUAAAAAGCAUUAA